UCCAGAGGGCGCUGUUCUGCCCUGUGCUUCAGCAACGCGCUUCUUCGCAGCCUAAUGUCAACAGAAAACCAGGAAAAGGGUUAAGGGUUGACGGAUCUGCUGUGUUGUUUUUAGCUUAAACAGAUUGUAUGGGUGUAGUGCAACAGCAGAGAGAUGUUGCAAUCUGCUUGGUACUGCUGAGCUCUGCAUUGUGAGACUGACAGUAGUGUUACUGUAUUAGUGUGUGUGGGCAUCAUGUCUGCAGCUUGUCCUCCCCAGUCACCAGCCGUGGCUAAGACUGAAGUUCUGGUUGAGGACUGGUGUCCGGUGCUGGCUGCAACCUUCGCCUACUGGGACAACAUCCUGGGCCCCCGUGUACGACACAUCUGGGCCCCGAAAGGCCAGGGGUUGUCGCUGCUCUGUGAUGGUGAAGUCACGUUUCUGGCCAAUCACACGCUGAAUGGUGAGAUUUUGCGGAGCGCGGAGAGUGGUGCAGUGGAUGUGAAGUUCUUUGUUUUAGCAGAAAAGGGAGUCAUCAUUGUCUCGCUGAUCUUCGAUGGGGAACUCAAGGGCGACAAAAACACUUGUGCACUGUCAAUCAUUCUGCCGCAGUCAGAGCUAAGCUUCUACCUGCCUCUGCACAGCGUGUGUGUGGAGAGACUUAAACACAUCAUCCGCAAGGGACGCAUCUGCAUGCAGAAGGGUUACAACAUAAUCUCUGUUUUGUCAUCUGAGAUUGUUCCCAUAAUGGAGCUUCUCACCUCCAUGAAGAAACACAGUGUUCCAGAAGAGGUGGAUAUAAAGGACACUGUGCUGAAUGAUGAUGAUAUAGGAGACAGCUGUCAUGAAGACUUUUUGCACAAGGCAAUCAGCUCUCAUCUUCAGACUUGCGGCUGUUCCAUGGUGGUUGGCAGCAAUCCCGAGAAAGUCAAUAAGAUCGUGCUCACGCUGUGUCUCUUCCUCACUCCUGCGGAGAGAAAGUGCUCUCGACUGUGUCACCCUGACAGCUCGUUUAAAUAUGACACAGGCCUCUUUGUUCAGGGCCUCCUCAAGGACUCCACAGGGAGCUUUAUGUUGCCUUAUCGGCAGGUGCUCUACUCCCCGUAUCCCACCACUCACAUCGAUGUGGACAUUAACACGGUGAAGCAGAUGCCCCCCUGCCAUGAGCACACAUAUCAUCAGCGGUGUUACAUGCGGGCUGAGCUCAGUGCCCUCUGGAGGGCCGCCAGCGAGGAUGACAUCAGUCCAGACAACCUCAUUAACGCCCAGGAUUCCUACACCCCUGACUUGAACAUAUUUCAGGACGUGAUGCACAAAGAUACACUUGUAAAGUCCUUCAUAGAUGAGGUGUUUCUGUUGAAACCAGGUCUGUCUCUGCGGAGUGUGUACUUGUCCCACUUCCUUCUCCUGCUGCACAGAAAGGCCCUGACACUGCUCAGAUAUAUUGAGGAUGAGACGCAGAAGGGGAAGAAACCUUUCAGAUCUCUACGCAAUCUAAAAACUGAUUUGGAUUUGACGGUGGAGGGGGACUUGAACAUCAUCAUGGCGAUGGCAGAGAAGCUGCGGGCAGGCCUUCAUUCCUUUGUUUUUGGGAAGUCUUUCCUCACCAGUGUGCAGGAGCGUGACCUCCUCAUGAGCUUCUGAACUCUGCCAGAAUGCCUGUAGAUGUCAUCAGAUCACGAUUCUCUGGCCAUACCCACAUCCUUACAUUUAUUUUAAGGAUGUUUCAAUGUGCUCUUUAUGUACAGCAUUUUGGAAAGUGCUGUUAAAUGUGCUUAAGUGCUCUAUCACAAUGCCUGCUACUGAAAUGCUGUGAAAUUAUGAUAAUCUGCAAGUGAUGUUGGCAAAUUCUUAUUUGUGUGACAAAUCUUUGACACCUUUUAUGCAUAUGAGAUUCUUGGCCUCAUGAAGGAGGUGAGAUGUGUAUGGGAAAGAAAGGCUUUGGGUCUCACAGUCAAUGGCUUUUGGUACUUAAUCGAUUUUUUUUUACUGCAAGCCUUAUAUAACACCAAGCAUUGAUUGUUUUGGAUAUCCUGCAUAGACAUGAUAACUAACAUGACAGCAUAUGCCAAUCAUUUAUAAUAUUUGGGUAAAAGUAAGAGAAACCCUUUUACCAUGUUGUUUACUAGUUAAAUAAAUAUGUGACAAAAGAACAAAGUAGAUGUAGUUUUGAUCUCACUAUGGGUUUGUCUUCUGAUCUGCAUGACUUUCGUUUUAUUUAAAUUGUAAUACCAUACAGGAUUUACAUAAGUAAUCUUAACUCUGUAAUAGCUUUCCCUGGCCUUUUAUCAAUGCUAUGAUCGUCUCAACACUGUACAUAAUUUGCAUGACAGAUGUGCUUAUUUAAUUUGUGGUUGGGAAACUUUUCUUUGUUCCUUAAAUGUGAAGUGUAUAAUUUCUGCACCACUAGCAGCACCACACACAAUUGCAAAGUUAUAAAAGUUUUCAAACUAAUAUCGCAAACACUCACCCGUCGACCAAACAGAUAGCUAGUAAGAUUAAGCAACAAAGCACAUGAACGUGAAUCACUGAUCCACUACGAGAAGUGAGAACUGUCCGACUUGACAGAACUUAUUUCACUCCUCCCUGACUGCAGCCACCUGCUCUCAUCUACUUUCAAUACGAGGAGUUUGGCAUCUCAAACUAGCCUAUUGUUUCUGUGUCGGCCUGGUCAUGAAACUCAAACAAAGAGAGCAAUCUUUUAAUAGUGCUACAGAGCCACUUUAAGCACAGUAGCAGUGAUGGGAGAAAGUGUAACAGAAAAAAUGACAAACAUCAGCUUUAACUUGACUGCAACUAAACUAAUGCUUAAAUUACUCUUACUUGUGCAUCUGGCUUGGGAUAUGUAGGAAAGCUGGUGGAAAUUUGGAACACCGAGAAAAACAAAAAUGUGCCUUGACUGACUAUAUUUAAAUGAGGCCAAAUCUCAGGCAUAAAAUGUGCGAGGAAGUCAGCAAAUAACAGGAAGGGCCCCUUAGCCAUCUUUCAUUUUGAAAUGUUUUUUCAUAAAAUAAUGUAUUAUUUCAGUGUUGUUAUAUAUCACACAGCCUAUGUGUCUAUGGUAGACCCCUAAUGAUGGUGUAAUAGUAGUGUAAUGUUGGCUCUGUCAGCACACUUGAGAGUGUUCUGAACAUUUUGGGAAACUCGUGAAAGUCAUAAACUGAAUUUUAAUCUGAAAUAUGUAUAUUGGUGCAUUUCAAUUGUAAAUGUGUUGUCUUAAUAAAUUGUGCUUAUUUUAUUUGUGAAA